GUACAAGUCAUCCGCAUUCGGCCAAAUUACGCUGUCAACCGCAUCGGAUAUCAGCAUUUUUGUAUUGUUUUGUAUAAGUUUGUUUAAAUAAAAAGAAUAUAAAAUAUGUCAGCUAACGAAGCAGAUACGUUACGACAGUUUUGUGAUGUGACCGGUGUGGACGAAGUAAACGGUAGAUUCUAUUUAGAAUCUUCCAAUUGGCAACUUGAAGUAGCAUUAUCAAGUUUCUAUGAACACGGUGGUAAUGUUGAGGAGCCUGCUGCAUCGGCUCCCUUUGCAAACUUAUCAAAUAGUGCCAUGGACACACAACCCAGGUCACCAGUAAAAUCCCAAGACAAGGCAAAAAAGAAAACCACAACCUCCAAAUUUGCAACCUUGGAGUCUCUACAACAGGACAGUUCCAGUGAAGAUGAUGAAGGUCAGGCAUUUUAUGCAGGUGGUUCAGAGCGUUCUGGUCAGCAGAUUCUUGGCCCUGGAAAGGGCAGAAAAGAUAUUGUUACUGAAAUGUUCAAAAGUGUUAGAGAACGCGGCGCUGUAGUGUUUGAAGAUGAGCCGUCUUCCGCAAGUAGAGGCCGUGGUGGACUCUUCAGUGGAGUAGGAUACAGACUGGGUCAAACAGCCGAUGAUCAUGAACAAGUGGCGCCAUCAAAUUCUGCGCAGCCUCAGGAGAAUUCUCGGUCAGUGCGGCUUCAGCUGUACCGGGAAGGGUUCACAGUGGACUCUGGCCCACUGCGACAUUAUACCGACCCGGAGAAUGCGGAGUUCCUCAAUUGUAUACGUAGAGGCGAGAUCCCCCCAUCGCUAGGCGGCAGCGCGGGCGGCGGCGAAGUGCGGGUGAGCCUGGAAGACCGGCGUCACGAGGAGUGCCCUCGGCCGCAGCAUAAGCCACAAGCCUUUGCUGGCAAAGGACACAUGCUGGGCAGCCCUACGCCGCCGACGGCAGGCGCAACAGUUACAGCCGGGCCAGCGGAUCGCGCCGCCAAUUUGCGAGCCGCGCAGGACGCACUACGCCUCGAUGACGGUCAACCCACCACUACCAUACAGUUCCGAUUGGCGGACGGCAGUCGGCUAACGGGUCGAUUCAACCACACGCACACAGUGGGCGAACUGGCUGAGUAUGUCGCACGAGCAGAACCAGCGUACCAAUUACAUUCGUUCGCUCUUCUCACCUCGUACCCAACAACAGAACUGACUGACUCGAGCCUCACAAUCGCGCAGGCCAAUAUUCUUAACUCGACACUGUUACAGCGGCUUAAAUAGUCCGCCGUUUGAUAUUCAAAAGUUAUUAUAAAAAUGACAGCUGUCAAUUAGACGUACGGUAAUGACAUUUCAAAUUCAAUUGCACAUUGUUGCAGUGACUCAGUUUUGAUACCGUAAAACGGGGUCAAUAGUGUAUAUUUUUUUAACUUUGAGAUAGGUUUUCAUAUUAUUUCAUUACUGUGACUGGAUACUAUCAAGUAUAUUAAAAAAAAACAUAGAACUACAGAAAAUCAGUCGUAAUUGGGCAAUAAAAAUAUAUGUUUUUCAAAUAAUUUAGGUUUCUGAUUGUUUUUUUUUUCUCAUGUUAAAACUUUAACGAAACCAUUUCUAUUUAUCCACUGAAUCCCAUACACCCCGUUUUACGGUAUUCAGAAUAGAUAUCCAUCUGACAGCUGUCAAAAUGCGCGGCAAGUUAAGAGUGCCUAUACCAUAAGAUGACGGGCGUUAAUUUUAUACAAAUGAAAAUGUUUAAUCAUUAGCUUAUUUAAUUGGUUCUCGCUGCUUAAUAAGUAAACAUGGCGUGAGAAUAGGUAAAUAUAUCUAUUUAGGUAAUUAUUCGCAAAGUUUAUCACCAACACUUAGCCAUGAUUAAAUAUUGAUAACAAUUUUAAAUUAUCACUCGGAUAUAUUAAAACUUUUAAAUUUUGUUUAAAAUUUUACUGGUAUUGAAGACAUCCAAUCUUAUGGUAUGCACACACUUAAGAGGCUCUUAAAAUACAAAUGGCAAUAUCAACUACUGUCAAUGUUUUGUUUUUAUUAUUAUUAUUAUUUUAAAUGAGAUGUAGGAAUAUCGUAUUGUUAAAUUGUAUUUGCUUCAGUUUAGAAUGUUUGUUGAUUUAUAUCCGACUGUAAUUUAUUUCUAAUACAAAAUUUUACAUUAAGUAUCAUAUUUGAACAGAGACAAAUUUUUCACCUUUGAAAUACGAUAAGUAACAGAAUUAGUUAUGGAUGUUGCUAGGACUCGAUCAUAAUGGACAAGUGAUGCGCUUGAACAGUAUUUAUCCACUAAUCUAUUACAGUCUGAACACAGCAUCUAUUUUAAAACAAAGAAACAUAACGUUGCUAUUUUUAUUCGAAGAGCCUCUUAACCUAUGCCCUAUAAUUGAUGAUGUGAUGUAAGACGGCGGGCUAAUUUAUUUUUACGCCUUUAUAAUAGUUAUUGAUUUGUAUUCACAUAAAUAAUGUAUCUUGAUCACGUGUUAGACAAUAGUGGAAUAUUUAUGCAUUGCCAUCAAUUCUAAGGGCCAUUGCAUACGUGACAUUUGCCAUUUUGCGACUGCGACCUUGUUGAACCACGUUUACUGUAGUUUUAGAUCAUAUGCAGUCAUUUUCAAUUGUAUUUAAUUGAAAGAUAAGAAAGUUUCAUUAAAAUUACCACAGAAACCUUCAAAUUAAAUUAAUUUUGAGAGUGUUUCUGAGAUAAUUAAAAUGAAGUAACAAGUCAAUAUAUUCAGUUAGUCGAUGAUUUAGUUUAGUACUAUUAUUGGACGUUAACAAAUUGUCUAUGGUUGGCAUUUUGAAUAAAUUUAUUCAUAUAUUUAUGAAUUUAUUUAUCAUUGUGUUGAUACUUGUAGGUGGAUGCAUAGAUUUAAUUUCCAUUCUUGUCAAUAUAAAGGCAGUGUCGACUCUUAACAUAGUUACUUGCACGUGAAGUGUUCGGACUCUGUAUCGAGUUGUUUAAAUUGACUGUUGCUUGUAAUAUCGUGUGCUGUGGCCCUUACGUAGUGAGUACUGAUCCAAUAUAUUCUAAAAUGUUUUAAAAGGAUUUACAAUAUUCCAAAGGAAUAUCGUUAGGGUUGUCGACGUUGCAAUGCCAAUGUCUAUGAAUAUGUUCCAUUAAUUCAUUAAUAAAAGAAAAAAUCAUAUAA